ACAGCGCAUAUGACCGGUCACGUGACACAUCACGCCUCGAUAGCCGUGUUUAUCUGCAGAGGUCGCAUGUACCUUGAAUUCGCUCGUAAUAUUUCUGUCUGUAACGGUCGGUGUUCCGAAUAACUGCUUCUUACACUAAUCGGCAGUAAAACGGAGCAUCGGUCAUAAUCGUAUGAAAAGCUUCCCAUUUUAAUUCAUUAGUUUAACUCUUCGAGGUCUGACUGUUCGAUAUUGUUUUACUACAUUGAAAAUGUCAGGAAAAGACAGGGUCGAGGUAUUUCCAUCUCGAAUGGCACAAACCAUCAUGAAGGCCCGUUUGAAAGGUGCACAGACUGGUCGAAACCUGCUGAAGAAGAAAGCAGAUGCCUUGUCAAUGCGCUUCCGUCAGAUACUGCGUAAAAUCAUCGAGACCAAAACUUUGAUGGGUGAAGUGAUGAGGGAGGCGGCCUUCUCGUUGGCCGAAGCCAAGUUUGCGGCCGGUGAUUUCAGUGCCACGGUGAUCCAGAAUGUCAAUAAGGCGCAGGUGAAGGUCAGGGCGAAGAAGGACAAUGUAGCAGGUGUCACCCUGCCGGUGUUUGAACACUAUCAGGAAGGAGGGGACAGCUACGAACUGACUGGUCUGGCCAGGGGAGGAGAACAGCUUGCCAGGCUGAAGAGGAACUUCGCCAAGGCUGUAGAGCUCCUGGUAGAGCUGGCAUCACUUCAGACUUCAUUUGUCACUUUGGAUGAGGCCAUUAAGAUCACCAACCGUCGUGUGAACGCCAUCGAGCACGUAAUCAUUCCCCGGAUUGAGCGUACCCUGACGUACAUCGUCUCUGAGCUGGACGAGAGGGAGCGAGAGGAGUUCUACAGGCUGAAGAAGAUCCAGGAGAAGAAGAAGCAGGUCAGAGAGCGAGCAGAAAAGGAGAUGGCAGCGCGUCUGGCCAAACUGGGGCCCAUAGCUGAACCUGCAAACCUGUUCAAGGAAGAGGCGGACGAGGACUUGCUCUUUGAAUGAACGUCUGCUACCAUGUGUACCCCAUGAUCAGUGCUCUAUUUAACGCCCCUGAGUGUCUGUACUGGGGAGAAAGUUAACCCUUUUUUGGCAUCUAGUACCUCAUGGUUAUUUUGUCGUUAUAACUAGGCGUAUUCCAUGUGUGAUCCAAGCUUUGAUGUAAUUUCUGAUUGUGCAGGGAAAACAUUAAUAUACUGUAUUGCUUUUGGGAAAGAGCUACAAUGGAGCUUUGUACUAAAGGUAUGGUUGAGAAUACCAAAAAUGAUUAGUAGAGAUUGUAGUAUUUAUUUGAAAAAUUUGCACAAUUGUUAUGGGCUGGGCGUUCAUUCAUAACAUGCAUGCCUUACAGAUCUCGUUUACCCGAUUUUGUUGGUGGAUAUUCGACUGUGCAAACUUAAUGCAGUUCCCAAGGACGAGACUGCAGUUUAGGUCCUGUGGUUUCGUGCUUGUCGUCUGGUUCCUGAAGUAUUCUAAAGACCCAAAUCAAAGUGCUGUUUUCAUGUGCAUUCUUUGAAAAUAGGAACUACGAAGUUACUCAGUUUUUGUGAAAUAGUUAAAAGUAGUAUUUGCAAACCAUUACCUUUAACUUUACAACAGCUAGGAUCUAAACUGUAUUGCAUAUUUUUAGGGUAAAAAAAAAAAAAAUUGCAGACAUCAUGUUAAGCAUUAUGUUCUUUAAUGAUUUUCUCAGGGUGUUUAUGUAUAGAAUGUGACUUUGUAUUUGCUAUUUAAUUACUGGGUUUAGUAACUUCUGAAUAUUAAUUGAGUUAAUAGAACUCAGUUUGUUCUUGUUGAAGUGUCUCGUCGGUUUGCUCUGUAUCACUGCUGUGAAUCGGCUCAUUAAAAUCCACAGAGUAAGAGAUUGCAUAGUCACACUAGGUUAACCUACUUGCUGUUAGGUUAAACCAGCAAAUGACUAACAAAACCCUGUGGUAGCAUGAACUAAGUCUCAUUCCUGCCAUGAUUUCUGAUGCUGAUUUUGUCAUCAAAGAAUACACAGUACAAAUAAAACCACGUGUAUAUCUGUA